GUUACUUUUGUAGCUGCUUCAACGCUGAAUUUUACGACCACCUAUAUCUUGAUAAUGUGAAAACGAUUUUCUUCAAGCAGUUGAUAAUGUUGCAUUAACAAAUCGACAUUUUAUACAGUAUUAUGCUAACCAGACGUUUCAUAAUACUUCUAUAAUUUAACGGAGACUCACGAACAUAUGAUUGACCAUUCGUUAAUUUUUACCAUGAUUCAGUUUCCGGCGUAUAUUUUCUUGAUUGCUCAAGUAUUCAUUUUGAUCAAAACUGAUCCACUUAAGGGUAAACAUGUUUUUCCAGUGGAUUAUCAACAAUUCCCUUUCAUUGUGUCAAUUAGACAAAAGUAUUUUAAAGGAAUAUCAAACGGUUACCACUUCUGUACCGGUUCACUUAUUACGCAGAGUCACGUUAUAACAGCUGCACACUGUUUUCAAACAAGAAUAAAAAAUGAACUCGAGGCGAUCGUUACCGGGCAAAAUGGGACAAGGCCCUAUUUGAUUCACUAUGAAAUCGAUUCAUGGUUAACAUAUGACUCAUGGGCUCGAGCAAAUGGAAAAACUAUCGAGUUUCCAAUGAAUGAUGUGGCAAUUGUUAAGUUAUCAUUACCGAUAAAUCACGAUGGUAUAACACCUGCUCUCCUCACGAAUUUGAAUAACGAACAACUCUAUGGCACAAAGGCAAUAAUAGUUGGCUGGGAAGGCGUACAUGAUAAUUCACUUACAAUGCACUUACUGCAAGGAAAAGUAACAAUAUUAAGACCCUUCAAGUCCGAGCAUCUGAUAAAAUUGGUGGCUAAUAGAAAAAUUAAAGUAAAUGAAAAUUAUCUGGUUACGUACGCCGAACCAUAUAUACUCUCAAGUUGUGGUGAUAGCGGUGGACCGCUUUUGGACAAAAACAAUUUUCUUGUAGGUAUCACACGAAGUACAUGUCCCGAUUCAAGUUGGGGUAACUUCUCUGAGGAGUUUAUAAAUUAUUAUAAAAUUAAUCUUCAUUCAAGUGUCCAUUACUAUAAAGAAUUCAUUGAAAAUGUGACGACAUUAUAGCUGAAGACGAUAAGAUACCAAUUUUAUGCCGUAAAUCAAUGCCGUAGAUCUGUACUUUAAAGAAUAGAUUGUAAACAAUAGGGAUUAUAAUAAAAAGGUAUCUGCUUAAAGACGCAUUGGAUGGCAAAUUUUUGAACAAAAGUAAUAUCAACUAUUUAUGAUCAACUAAAUAUAUUACUUUAUUCUUUGUUUAUCGUGAAUUUCUUCAAGGAGUCGUUAAAAUACACCACGAUUUGAGAAUAUUGGUAUUUACUACAUUCUCUAAUAAUUUCAUACAAAAGCCAUACAUACUUUUUGGAAAUUGUCAUGUUUUUAGACGAUAUAUUAUAUGUAGUAUAAUGCUAUAAUUGUUAAAUUGCUAUAGUAUGUGUUUUUUCUAAUAAACAGUCUUCAUCCAUAUUAAACGUAAGUAUUGUUGCAAAUAAUUUUUGACAUUAGUUAAAUGCAUAUAACUUGUUUUUUUCUUAGUAUAGUGUGGUUUUACAAUGAUGCAUGGUUGUUCCACAAGUUACAUAUGUGCAAACUAGGAUUUUUGACAGAAAUCAAAUCGUUGUUGAGAGAAACAUCGGUGGCCAUUGUUGGAUAAAAACAGACGUCUUAUAGGAAUGAAUUACCAAAGUAUUCUUACAAAUCAUGGCGUUGAACUGAUUUUCUUGAAGAGUUUGUGGUUUAUUACGUAUUAAGAAUUUAUAUAAGUAUUAUUUGCUCAAAUUCCUAUCGAAAAACGUAAUAUUAACUUAAAAUUCUUAAAAAUAUAACAUAGCCCUAUUCAUCGUACAACUUAAAAGUAUAACGUUGUUAUU